AUGGAGAGAUCAUCAUGUCUAGAAAACCAAUGCUUUGGAGCAAUUCGUAGCAGACUUAUGCUAAUUGCAAUGGCCAUUCUUUGCAUGCACAAUGCAGAUGCUCAAACGGGAGCGUGCUACGGCACUCUUGGCAACAAUCUACCACCACCUAGAGAAAUGAUCGCUCUAUGCAAGCACCACAACAUUCAAAGCAUUCGGCUCUACAACCCUAAUCCAGCACUUGUCGAACCACUUCAAGGCAGCAAUGUCUCGGUCAUCGUAGGUGUCCCCAACGAGGAGAUCCAAGGCAUCGCGAGGGAUGAGUCCCUCGCGAUAUCUUGGGUUCGAGAUAACAUCCUCAAGUACCGAAAUAUUAACUUUCGCUACAUUGCCGUCGGAAACGAGAUCAGCCCAUCAGCCAACCCCGACAUUUCACCCCACGUCCCCAUCGCCAUGCAACACAUCUCCGAUGCCCUGGCCGCGGCCGGGCUUCGCAGAGUCAAGGUCUCCACCGCCCUAAGCAUGGAGAUUCUUGGACUUUCCAACCCUCCGUCGUUGGGGUCGUUCCAAUCCCAAUUCCUAGACUUGUUCAUCAAUCCUAUUAUCAAAUUCCUAGUCAAAACUAAUAGCCCUUUUCUAGUAAAUGUGUAUCCAUAUUUUGCAUAUGUUAGCGACACCACCAAUAUUCGUUUAGACUACGCACUAUUUACCUCUAAAUCGAGUGUGGUUAAAGAUGGGGCAUACCAAUAUUACAACUUAUUCGACGCCAUGGUUGACGCCGUCCACGUGGCUCUCGAGAAGGCCGGCGGGGCCAACAUCAGGGUCGUGGUGUCGGAGACGGGGUGGCCGUCGGCCGGAGGGACGGCUACUACCGUAGGCAAUGCAGGGACUUACAACUCCAAUUUGCUCAAGAGUGUGAAAAAGGGAGCGCCAAGAAGGCCAGGGAAGCCUAUUGAAACUUACAUUUUCGAUUUGAUUGAUGAGAAUAAUAAGAGCCCUGAACUUGAGAAGCACUGGGGAAUAUUUCUUGCGAAUAAAAACCCUAAAUAUCCCCUAUCUUUUACUGCGUAA